AUGACUCAUGCCUCUCCUGAGAUUAAAGCCCUACUAGAGGCUAUUAACCCGACUCUGGAUGAAAUACAAAAAAACUUUAGGAACAAUGAUGGAACCAUGGUCCUACAAUACUACGACAUGCUUCUUGCUCUAUCCGAGCUGUACACACUAGCUGGAAUGAUCCAAGAAAUGCGUCCGGAAAUGAAUCUUAUCGAAAAGUUAGAGAACUCCGUGAAUGUGUUGGACACAAAUUUUCUAUUGAAACUCCUGAAAGCUGGUGGACAAGCCUCCAGUAGCGAUUUUAAAGCAUACCAGUUGCCACAAAUGGUGGAUUUUGAUACAGAUCCAGGUGGGGAAUUAAAUAUCUCUCAAAAGGCAUACACACUAUAUGAGGUAGAACAUGACUUGGAGUAUGUGUGGGCACUCAGUUUAAUUACAAUACUUCAGAAGGCACCAGAUGAAGAGGAGCAUCACCAAGAAAUCGUAGAUGAAUUCGAAGAGCUAUUCGAGCAUUCCUCGGAGCUUUUGCGCGCAAUAAAACUAAAAUCUUCUUGUGCGAUGGAUACAAUUAUCGAGUAUCACAUACACGAAGGGCAAGCCACUUCCUCCGUACUGGUGGCUGCAUUGCUUAAAUAUCAACCAGAAAAUAGUCUGACGCUUACUGAACUUAUUAAAUACGUCAAAAGUGUCAACAUCACCGUAACACCUCGUCUAGCUGGUCUUCUGGAGAGAAGCUUUGUGAAGUGCAUGAAGAAGGAAAAUGCCGAAAAUGUCUUUGAACGGUACAUUGGUGUGGGCUUAGUCCCUCUUUCCACUCGUAUGUUUGCCUUUAUUUUUAAUUCUAAAACGCUAAAAAAAAGAUCAGUAUUGGAUUAUUACGAACUUAUGCUUGACUACGGCAUUCCACCGGAGCCAUCUUUGCUUCGUAUAUUGUGCAAGCAAUGCGCAAACAUGAUGUUUCCAAGCAUGCACUUCACACAGUGCUUCAAAAAAUAUUCAGUAGGUGGUACAACUCUAAAUAUCAAAGCCACUACUCCCCAGGCCCACGAUGCUUCCGAGUAUGCACUUGGAGGCACGGCAGCGGAUGGCAUCCACGAUUCGCUUCGCAGGAAUGAACGGUCCUAUUUUGCAUGGCGGCUUCGUGAAUUAGCUGUUGAAGCCGACCGUAGCAAUCAAAUUAUACCUCUUAUGGAAGCAAUGAAGGUUAUUCAUCGUGCAGAUGUUGAGGGCACCACACUGGAAAAUGAUAAUAUGAUUCUUUCCGCACUUUUAACAUUUUUUUGCAAUGGAACAACCCCAUUGAAGGACUUGGUGUACCCCUUCAAUGAGUCGUUAGCAUACCGUCCCGGUAAGAUUACUUUAGAAGAGGAUAAAUGCGGCACCAACAUCGGCAUCACGGAUGUUGAGGAACUGUCCGAGCACUCUUUGAGUCGACGUUCACUUCAAGAAGUAAACGCCUUUAACUUUGAGCUGGAGAAUAAUGAAGGCGAGCUUCUAGAAAGUGAUAUUAUCCCUAGUGGCGACUGUUCGGUAACCUCGAGUAAUUUAAAGAAUUCCGAGGCACCUUUACAACAGGCGGCUGAAAAGCAUUCGGAAGGUAAGGAGCGUAAGGGCGUCCGGCGCCGCCCAGGUAUCGCUUUGGCUGAAGAAGAAGCCGAUUAUGUGCUCCGCGUGCUCAUUGAGUAUGGGGCCAAACCAGACAAUGAAGUUCUAAAGUCGCUUUGCUUCAAGUCGGAAGGCCACAUGCGCAGGGAUUCCGCUGUCAUGCUGCUCGCUGCAGAAGCCGCCUUUGAUUUCGGCCAGAAAUCUCAGGGUGCGUCGGAAUCAGUGAGUUGCAAUUAUUGCAUUGUCGCUGUGAGUGAUUUCGCACGACAGCGGAAUCGACUUCGUCUUGGACGUCUAUUACGAAUCUUUGUCGAACAAUACUACACUUACACCGAGGUCUUUCACACGAACUGGGAUUUUGAGACUAAAAACAAUUCUGACAGAAAUACCGCCUGCUUCAAAGUCCUUUUAAUCUCAGCGAUGAGAAUCGGGCCAUUGGAUUGGACCCUCGGACUCUUUGUUUUAUUGUUAAUUCAUUGCUCACAUGUUUCCGAAGGCGCGAAGGCGCGGCUUUACCAAAUUCGUACCUCGGAAAGUCAUCGUUCCCCUCAUGGAGAGGUUUUGGAUCUCUUAGAACGAUGUAAUUGGGAACGCAACCGAAUUCUGUGCUGUGAUAGGCUCAUGUUGGAAACACACGAACUAGCAGAGAACAAUUCUAGCCACAAUGAAAUCGAUUCGGGUAUCAAAAAGCGCGCUGGGGGUGUCUCACAAGCGCAGGAGUCAAGCUCGUAUACGACUUCGCACACACAAGAAACACACCCUACCCUUUUUACGUACCUGCACACGGUGCUGAGGGAAUUGAAUGCAAGCCGGGGGACUGCUAACUUUUACAAGCAAACGCUUCAAAAACAACGACAGGCGUUGAUAUCCUCAAGACGACCUAGAAGAUCUUAA